AUGACCAGCGCAGACAGCUUCAUGAUGGAGAUAAAAACAGAUGACUUUUAUGAAGAUAUCAAAAACAGUGAGGUAAAAGAUCACAAAGACCAAUUCGAUCUCAGUAAUUACGAUAAAGAUCAUCAUAGCGGGCUAGGUAGUGGUGACAAUGCAAAGGCUAACAAAAAAUGCUUGGACUGUUUAAGGAUGAAAUGGGUGGGAAACAAAUCACGCACAGCUGUACCCUACUGUCAAAACUGUAUGCCUUCCCAACAGAAUGUGAAGAUAAGGAAAAGAAAGCAAAAGGCGUAAAAUCAAGAGCGGUAAAAAAACAAAAACACAAGCUUCUGGGAUUACGUGAACUGUUUAACAACGGAAGAACCAAAGAAUGUAACCCAAAAGAAAUUCAAAAGUCGGAAGCAUGA